GAGGACGUCAUCACUUCCACGCCAUCAUUCAUGUCAUUGCAUGUUGUACACUGCGUGUCGCGAAUCGUGAUAAUUUUGUGCGAUUUUUGUUCGUUUCCAGUACAGAUAGCGUAACAUGUAAUAUCUGCUGCCCAAGAUGGCGUCCGAUCUACGUGUCCUCCUGGUAACGUACACUACACUGUGUCUCUUUUCCUCGAUUUGUGCGGUUUUUGGCCAACAAGAUGGCGUGAGGAAUGACCCCGGGGCCGGCCAGAUUCCGGCGGCCGCGGGCUGGCAACAAACGAAGCGUGACGUUGCGCCUGUGGCCGGGGGGCAGGGCCAGGGCCCUCUUGGCGGAAUUGCUGCCGGUGUCGGUAAUGGAGCACAACCCCAAUAUCAGCAACAGCAAAAAUUGAGAAUAAAUCCUGGACAAGGAUUGGGAGCGGGACAGCGAGCAUUUCAGAAGCCUGCACCCGGACAAUUUGAUCCUAAUCAAAAGUUUGACCAAGGAAAUCAAAGACCAAACGUGGGAUUGCCAGGUCAAGGACCAGGAGCAGGACCCGGUGGCAUGGGUGGGCAGGGUCAAUGGGCCCCAAAACCAGUCGGUCAGCAGCCACAAGGGCAAUGGCAAGGGGGGCAGCAACCACAAGGAAAGCCGAAACUUGGACCGAAUCGGCCCAUGAGGAUUUCCGAGAGUCCUGCCUGCCAUGACGAUGUUGCAAAUUUAUGCGGUAAAAAUGCACUUAGAAACAACUUUUCUAUACUGGAGUGCCUGCAGAAUGCUGGAGAGAAGAACACUCGGGCUGGCAAGAAGGACGGAGGAGAACUCAGUGAUGUGUGUAAUCAGUUUCUGUGGAGCUACAAGUACAACCUGACUAGGGACGUUCGCUUUGACUCGGCCGCUUUUGAAGUCUGCAAGCCGGACCUCAAAAAGCUUCCUGAAUGUGCCGCCAUAGAGAAGGGACAGGGUCUCCUCCUGCCGUGCCUGUACGAGGUCGCAGAGAACAUCACCACCGUGCAGUGCCGCCAGUACAUCAACCGCAUGAAGGCCAUCACGUUCAGCGACUAUCGGCUCAUCAAAGAUUUCUACACUCAAUGCCAAAGUGAUGUAGACAAACUGGGGUGCGGAAUUGUGUACAAGAAAGGAGAGGAGACUGCCUUGCCACACAAGCAAGGUGCCACCAUCAACUGCCUGGAGAAGAAAAUUGAGGAGCUGGGGGAGACCUGUAAGAAGCAGAUCUUGCGCGUCGCGGAGCUGACAGCCGAGGACUACCAUACGGACCGGGCUCUGUUCUUUGCCUGCCGCGAUGACCGGGAGCGAUUCUGUGAGGCGGAGACGGCAGGCCAAGGGGCCAUCUACAACUGCCUGCUCAAGCACAAGUUCAAGGAGGACAUGAGUGAAAAUUGUCGCAACAAGUUGACCACCAGACAGAAAGUGGCCAGCGUGGACUACAAGGCCAACUAUCGGCUCAUCCGUAAAUGCAAGGAAGACAUGAAGAAGACAAAGUGCGCCAAGCUCAGGGACUCCCAGGGCCGAGAGUUCCGACUGUCCAAACUCUUGAUCUGUUUGGAAGAAGCCAAGCACAACGAUGUAAAGCUGAGCGGGGACUGCGUUGCAGAACUGGAGGAGACCCGUAAGAGCCUGAUGGAAGACUUCAUGGUCAACCCGGAGGUCAUCACCCAGUGCAAGAAGGAGAUGGCUAACCAAUGCUCGGGGCUCCAGCGCGGAGGCAAGACGCUCCACUGUCUGAUGAAACUCACCCAGGGCAACCCAAAGGACCCCAAGAAGCUGAGUGACAAUUGUGAAACUGCGCUGAUGCAGCUGGUGAAGACAGCAGAUGCCGGAGCCAACUACCGCAUUGACAAGGCGCUGCACAAAGCCUGCAAGCCGGUCCGCGACAAGAUAUGCAAGGAGGUAGAAGCUGGCGAUGCCAAAGUUCUGUCCUGCCUGAUGGAGCACAUCUACGACCCAGAGAUGACCAAGGAAUGCGAGACAGAGCUGCUCCUACUGCAAUACUUUGUCUCCAGAGAUUUCAAGCUGGAUCCACUUCUGUACAAGAACUGCAAGAGGGACGUUCAAGACUUAUGCUUCACAGAGGACUUCGAAAAUAGCAACCUCCCCGAAGGGGUGGUUUUUGCAUGUCUGCACAGACACCUUCAUCCGGACGAUAGAGAAAUGACUCUUCAACCAGGCUGCCAGGCGCAGGUCCAUCGCCUACUACGGCAGCGAGCCGUCAGCGUCCACCUGAACCCACAGAUCGAGGCCAACUGCCGCUCAGACAUCGGACAGUACUGUGCAGACAAAACGGGCAAGGGAGAGGAGCUGUCGUGCCUUCAAGAACAUCAUAAGGAACUGAGCGACGAUUGCAAGAGCAAGAUUGGUGGCUUCACCGAAGAGGAAGCCGAGGACAUCAAAAUGAACCGCAAACUCAUGGCGGCCUGUGCUCCCAUGAUCAAACAGUUCUGCAAGGAUUUCUUGAGCAAGAAAGUGGACGAGGGUGCAGCCCUUCAGUGCUUGAUCGACCACAAGAACGACGACGAAAUGAACGAGAAAUGCCAGGCUGGCAUUGAACACUUUCAGUUGAUCCAGCUACAGGAUUACCGCUUCAACUUCAAAUUCAAGGAAUCGUGUAGGAAGGACGUCAUCGCUUUCUGCAAAACUUCCAAGGACAAGAGUUCUAUAGUGAAUUGUCUGAGCUCCAAAGUCCGGGAUGAUACGCUGAAGGACAAUCCGCAGAACAUCAGCGAGGAAUGUCGCAAACAGCUCAAGGCUGAACUCCUUCAGAGGUCCGAGGAUAUCAAGCUGGAUCCCGAGCUCUUCCAAGGCUGCGAGGACGACGUCAAGAAGUUAUGCAGUAACCUGAAGGCUGGCAAGGCCAGGAUCUUGGAGUGUCUGCGAGACCACCGGAAAGAGCUGGGCGAAAAGUGCCACCUGAAACUCUUCAACCGUGUCAAGGAGCAGGCCCAGAACGUCAAGACGGACUUUGCAUUCAUGCACUCCUGCCAGAGAAUGAUCAAGCAAUUUUGCCCUGGUACAGCCCCGGACAGUCUCUUCAAAUGCCUCAAGGCUCACAAGAAUGAGCCAUCCUUCGACCCCAACUGCAAAGCGGUCCUGACCAAGCGCUCCAUCCAGAAGAAGGAGGAUUUCCGCCUCAACCCACGAAUGCAGAAGGCCUGCCGGCGAGACAUGCCCAAGUUCUGCAACGAUAUCCUUGACAAGUCCAAGACGAAGGAAUACCAAGAAAAGUCAAUGGAAGGCGAAAUGCUGCUAUGCCUGAAGACCAAAUUUGUUGUCAAGCAACUGUCUCCAGACUGUGAGAAUUACGUCAAAGAUACCAUUCAAGAGGCAUCGCUGGACAUUAGAAUGGACCCGAUCCUGUACCGCGUCUGCAAGGAUACCGCCAGGAAGCUAUGCGGUGAGCAGAUGGAAUCCCCAGGCCAAGGACAGGUGGAGGAAUGCCUCAAGAGUAAACUGCACGAGGGAAAGGUUCACGACAUCAAGUGCCGAAUGCAAGUAAUUCGGCUGCUGCAAGAAGGCCGCGCUGACAUCCACGUAGAUACACUCCUGUACAAAGCCUGUGCCUUGGACAUUAAGCACUUCUGUGUCGGCAUACCGCAAGGGGAAGGCCGGCAGAUGUCGUGUAUACUGGAAGCGUUAGAGGAUACCACCAUCAAGCUGCAUCCCGACUGCCGACGAAUGCUGGCCGAGCGAAAGGAAACGUGGAGUUACGCAGUCAAAGAAUCGCCACCGGGUUCGCUGAGUGAUCUCGCGGCCAUGGUCAAUGCUUCAGAAGCCAGGGGUUACUUUCUCACGGUGCUGCUGGUCAUAAUAGGCGUUCUCUUCUUUGGUGGCUUGUGUUGCGGACGGGCGACCAAGCGCAUCAGAGCAGAACUGAAGAAUAAGUGAUCGUUUUUGGUUUUCUUAAAAGGAAAUACUUUGGUUUUGUAGAUUCAUUUCUUUUCUUUUUAUGUAUUUUUUGUUUCCACUUUAAAGUAAUAAUCUGCAAUGAGUAAAGCCGGAGCACAAUGCAUUGUGGGAAGGGGCUUUUUUUCCCGUCAUUGCUGUCGGCCUGCUUGCGUUCUGAAUUCACAUGCAGUUUGUCAAAGGCAAAAUUGAAAAUGAUCAAAAGUAUGCCUGCCAGAGAUACAGUCUGAAAUUUGGAAAUUAAAAUUUCUUAGAGGAGUUGAGUGCUUUGAAAUCUACUCAGUUAUUGAUAUGUUAGAUUAUUACAGUCGACUCUCGUUAAUGUAAACACUUUUAAUACAAUUUCUGGUUAUAGCAAACAUGGACAGGCACUCCGCUUAAUACAAAAUUCUGAUAUAACAAACAUUUUAGCUUAGUCCGGAUGAGUUUGUAUGAACAAGAGAGUCGACUGUAUUAUUAUUCAGACUGAAUUUGUUUCCAUUGUACGAAAUCUUUGAAAGCACGAAGUAUGAUAUACUUUUUGUGCUUGGCAUAGCUAAAUUUCAUUUGCAUACUUGAUUAUUUCUCUUCACAAAAAGUAAAUUCGUGCAUGUGAGGGGAAAAUAUCGCUGCAGUCAUUCUCAGGAUCCAGAUCCCCCCCAAAAAUGAAAUAAAUACUAACAUUAAUAAUGCAAUUUUUAUUUUCUUCUUACCUCGACGGCACUGUUUGACUUUUUUUUUUUUUUUUGACUUUUUUUAAUAAGUUGAAUGAAUUGCAGUUUAACAAGUUGUAAAUAUUUGCAUCAGUAAUUCAAUUGAAUAUUACACAGAAUUUUGCCGUUUGCUAUUCCUUUGUUGUGAAGUCGGCCCGUGAUGCGUUGUGCUCAGUAAUACCUUUUUGUGUUAAUACUCUUUUGUUUCAGCUCUUGCAAGUUUUUGCUGCAUACUCGGAGUAAAAUCUUAAAUUAGUAAUUAAUUUUACCUUCUUUUUUUUCUCCAAAGACUAAUGGUAGUUAAUUCUGGGCCACCGGAUGGAGUUAAUUUCAGAUUUGUUAAGUUGUUAAUUGUCUAGUGCCUCCCACUUGUUUUAGAUUGUAGUUUGUGUUGAUUUUCUUUUGAGCAUUUGUCUGCUAUCGUGGAUAAAGUGUGACGGAAGAGUUUUGUUUGGGAAAGGUUUGGUGGAAGGGUUGAAACAAUGUACUUAAUGUGACAAAAAUA